CUCAGGGAGAAACUAGUUUACUGUAUAUAAGUUGCAUGAACAACUUAUGCCAGUACUUAUGCCAUGGUAUAUAAUUUCAUGCCUGAAAUUGAUGCAAGGUGCUCUCCACCAGUCAAGCACUCUCAAGUGUCGUUGUCGUGGCUGUUUCAGCUCGAGCUUCGUUUGCCAAGCGCAGAAAUUGGUUCCUAAGGUGCGACGGCGUGUUCGACCCAAUGGCCCAGCACCUCCGGUGACGCCUCCUUUCACUUGAUGCGUUGGUUGGCCUUGCUGACUGCAUGGCCUUUGGUCUUGGGGUCCGUGGUGCGUCGAGUGGAGCCCAACGGGGCGGUGAGGCCGAUGGUGACCUUGGAGGUGAACACCUGCGAGGAUCAGAGGUCUUCGAGCACCUGCCGGUACGAGAAGGAUGAUGGGGAGAAGCGCAUCGCAGUGUAUACCUAUGUCACCGGCGCCUACGAGGAGGUCCGGGACUUCAAGGUGCCCUGCGUCCCGCCGGGCGUGGACGCCUUCUUCCUCAUCGAUGAUGAGACCAGGCGUGCCGCCAAGCCUUCCAACUUGGAGCACUGGCGCCGGCAGGGCUGGUGGGUUUUGACAAUGCUACCACAGAUCGAAGCCACUCCAGAAGUGCCUCUGGCCCGCCUGGCGGCGAAGAGUCUGAAGUUCGCACCGCCCUCCUGGCUGUUGAACGGCACCUGGGAUUGGCUCGUGGAAUUUGACGGUGACAUCUCCGUCGACCUUGGGGGCUUAAGGGCCCUGGUGGAUGAGCAUUCGGACAAGCCGCUCUUGCUGCUCAAGUGGUAUUGGCGCCAGUGUGCUCCGUGGGACUGCUUCGUCCAAGAGUGUGACGACAUGCUGACGAAGAGGAGGGAUUAUGUGAAGACCUCCUACGAGAAGGUGGUGAAAUGGAAAGAGGAGCUCACCAAGUACCACAACGACCCUCUGAAGCCCUUUCUGCCCGCGGACUACUAUGAGCUGGGCAUCAUCUUCCGACAGGUCUCGCACCCCAGGGCGUUGGACGUGGAAAUCGCCUUUCGCCAGGUGCUGGAGCAGUGCCGGAGCAUCCAGCGCGAUCAGUUCCUGGUGCCCUUCUACCUGUGGAAUGCUUCACUGGACAAGGAGGUUGUGGCACUCUCCAUUGAGAAGCUGUAUUCCCAGCUGCAGUACUGUGUGGUGGCGACCCGCCAGGGGCGCAACCUCCUCACCGAGCAGAGCCCGGAGCGGCCGGAGCGGCACCAGGCAGCGGCUGGUGCCGACCUCGACCAAAGCUCCCAGAUCAGCUCCGUGGUGGUGGACUCGCUGAGCCCCAUCGAGGCGUCCGCAUCUCCGAGUCGCGGUACGGACGCUGCGACGCCUUGAGUCGAGUCGCGGCCAAAAACCGACGGAGCGGUUCCGGUUCGUCCAAUGGGCUGAAGCGACCUGGAUGACUGAGAU